AAGUCAACAAAAAUUCGGCAUCCAGGCUUUGAAACAAUUCGCACCAGAUCCUUGGGGUCAAGUGUUUCCAAAAUUUAGUUUCUUUUCGCUGGCCCCCAACUAAGAAGCUCGAAGCAGCAACUUCUCUGUUCAAUUAUCAGUUCUAAUUGAAUCCUUUUCGCGCCGGCGUUGCAAUGUCCAGUGUUAGUGGAGAACCCGCUGGUGAGGUGGCUGCCAAGCGUCCUCGUCUCGCGUCCUCCAAGGGCCCCAAAAUAGUUGAGACCCAACAGCCCAAGGUCGUCAAUCGGGUGCCCAAAUGUGCCCGCUGCCGCAACCAUGGGAUUAUCUCGGAGCUACGGGGACACAAGAAGCUCUGCACCUACAAGAACUGCAAGUGCGCCAAGUGCGUCCUGAUCUUCGAGAGGCAGCGCAUUAUGGCCGCCCAGGUCGCCCUGAAGCGCCAGCAGGCCGUGGAGGAUGCGAUUGCGAUGCGGUUGGUGGCCAACAAAACGGGUCGUUCCAUCGAUGCCCUGCCGCCGGGCAACAUUUUCGGUUUGACCGUGACCCAGCCGAGUUCACCGCAUCCCAGCAGGGAAGUUGACCAAGCGGAGAAGCCUUCUACAGAGGAUCACAAGGCAGAGCAUAAGCCGCCGGAGGAGGAGUACAGCGAACCAGCUGCGGUGGCCCAGGAUCUGAGUGCUCCGCGCAGGGAGAAUGUCUCCCAAACAGCCAUCGAUAUGCUGGCCCAGCUCUUUCCCCAGCGAAAGCGAUCUGUUCUGGAACUGGUGCUCAAGCGCUGCGAUCUCGACCUGAUCCGGGCUAUUGAGAAUGUCUCUCCAACUGGCUCAUCCUUGCCAGUGGAUGUCACCGGCCAUCAGCUGCCCAGCCAGGAACCAGGUGUCCUGCCCAGUGUGCCGCAGAACACUCCGCCAAGGAGCAGCGCCUUCAGGCCGGUCAUAACAGAUCAUCAGUACCAGGGCAAAUCGAUGGUGGAGCUAAAGCCGCCGGUCUUUGGAAGCAGUGCAUCGGCGGCGGCCGCCGCUAUUUGUGCCUAUCCCAAGUGGUUCGUGCCGCUCUCCUUCCCGGUGACCAUGGGGCACCUCUCCAACCUGGCUCCGCGCUGCACCCUGCCCAACUGCGCCUGUCUGGACAGCUACCAGUUCCACUAGGAGA